AUGGCGGAUCACGCGCCAGGGAUGGGGCCAGCUACGAAAGAGCCCAGCUGCAUUAACUGUGGCGGUUUGGGACACUGGGCCGUAGCAUGCCCUGAGCCUGUGAGGGCAAAGCCAGCCGGAUUAUCCCGGAAGAACACCUCCAACGGCUCUGACUAUGGGCGAGGUGGCGAUAACCAACACGGCGGUCGAAGAUCCGGUCCGGUUGUGACAAAGUAUCCCGCUCCGCCCGGCGGCAACCCGAUCGUCACUCGAUACGCCCCGCCGCCGAGCCAGGCCCAUGCCCCUCCGUAUCCCGGCCCCCCGCAACCCUACCCGGCUUAUCCACCACCUCCGAGUGGCUAUGCCCCUCCCCCACCCCCGAGCAACUACCCCAGCUACCCUCAUUUUUCAUCGCCGCCGCCGCCGCCACCACCGAGCUCCUACCCACCACCACCGGGCCCUCCCGGACCCCCGGGACCCCCAGGCCCUCCUCCCCCUUAUCAUUAUCCACCCCCUGGGCAGUAUGCUGGCCCUCCGCCAGGCCCGCCAGGUCCUCCAGGACCACCGCCCCCUACCUACCCACCUCACUAUCCUCCUGCCCCCUCGUACCCCCCUUCGUACUCUCCUCCCGGAUACCAGUCCAGCCCUCCUCCUCCACCCCCUGGCGGCCCCUAUCCUCCACCCGGUGUAAGCUACCCUCCGUCGACCUAUGCCCCCCCGCCAUCACAGCCGCCAUAUGGAUCUCAGCCACCCCCACCUCCUCCCUCUUACCCUCAACCGUACGGGCACUCUGGUCCAAGACAUGGGCCAUCGCCACCGCUACCGACUCCUCCUCGUCCACUACCACCACCGAUCCAUGGAUUGCCUCCCAUACCCCCUCAACCCCAAUCAAACCAACACUCCCGAGACCGGAACAAUCGCCAUCGUCAAGGGCAAAACAACCGUCAUGAUCGUAAUCGUCGGCAAAAGCAUGGCAAGCAGCAAAAACGAGACUCGUCGCAACCUCGACCGAAGCCCGGUAGCAAAGAGAACUCCAGCACCCCUGCAAAACCAGACUCUACGCCGAAAGUUGUAGAAGCGGCGCCGGUCACGAGUGGCACGCCUGAGAGUCGGCAUGCCCCUACUGUUUCGGAGCAUGGCGUCGACGAGGAAGACGACUUGAAGUGGGAAGAGGAAAUGAUAUUCCAAGAUCCGCCCAAAACCCACCAGCCAGAUCCGAUCGCCAAACCCCUGCCAAGCCCUGAGGACUACCAUGAUAAUAUUAUGCUGCCUCCGGCAUGGGACGCCGCAUGUAUUCUAUCCGAGUUCGUGAACAUGGAUAAUUUCGAAGAGUACUCCCGCCCCAUACGCGAGACUGAGUACUUUACCGCCUUGAAACACGACCCAGCCUUCUGGACACCCGCACAGGAUUCAGUAACCGCUAAACAACAGCCUGAGAUUAGGGAAAAGCCUAGCACUUUCAAGUCUCUGCGCCUUCCUGGAUUCCCCUCUCUGCCGCCUCGGCCGCCGACUCCGGAGAACCGCAAUUAUCAACCCAUCACCAGCCGCAAACGCGCAUGGGAUGAUUCUUCACACAAGCAGCCCCGAGACCGUGGCAAUCAGGAGGGCGAGUGGAAAGAAAAUCGACACAAAAGACAGAAAGGAGAGCUGCACAAGGGUUACGAUAGCUCAUCUCCUCACAACCGACGAGGCAAAGAAGAAGCUAGGCCGAUUGAUCGGCAUCGGACGCAAAAGUCAGACCGCGCUGAUUACGAUCCAUCCGACACACUUCUCAAGUCAUUGGAUGACAGCCGGGAGAGCGGCUCUUCCAUGCGUGAAAGGGAGGGAUAUGUUGAUCGCCAAGACUCUGGGUACUACAGCUCACGUCAAGUACGACGACAAGAUUCCUCAAACAGCAUCCACGACAGGGGGCGAGCGUCUCCUCCACCUACGGGAACGCCGCCUACUGAUCGGCACCAGAGCAGACGAGGCUCUCAUCAUUCAUGGCGCCGCGGGUCUCACAGUAGUCAUCCCGACUCGCGCCCAGCCUCAAGACAGUCCAUGGCUUCAUACGCCUCACACGGCAGCGAAGGCUCAGAGUUGUCAGACUUGGAGGCCGAGCUCCUGGGGAUAUCCACGAAAUCAAAAGGUGGUAAAGAGAGUAACACUGGUGCCGCGAAAUUCCGCAAGCGUGCACCCAAGGUCGACUCGGCAUACAGUCGUCGGUGGUAA